AUGCCGCCGCCGGGAGACAUGCUUGAAGAGCGCAGUCGCCGCUGGAACAAGAUGAACGCCAAGCGCUACGGCGAGAAGCGCAAGUUCGGCUUCGUGGAGAGCGUCAAGGACGACAUGCCGCCCGAACAUGUACGCAAGAUCAUCAAAGACCAUGGAGACAUGAGCAGCAAGAAGUUCCGCCACGAUAAGCGCGUGUAUCUUGGAGCACUGAAAUACGUGCCACACGCCAUUUUUAAGUUGCUGGAGAACAUGCCUAUGCCCUGGGAACAGGUCAAAGACGUGAAAGUACUGUACCAUAUCACAGGCGCCAUCACCUUCGUGAACGAGAUCCCGUGGGUCAUCGAGCCCGUGUACAUCGCCCAAUGGGGCACCAUGUGGAUCAUGAUGCGUCGUGAGAAACGUGACCGUCGCCACUUCAAGCGCAUGCGCUUCCCUCCUUUCGACGACGAGGAACCUCCUCUUGACUAUGGCGACAAUAUCUUGGACAUUGAGCCCGCAGAGAGCAUCACCAUGGAGCUGGACGAAGAGGACGACGAAGCUGUGAUUGAGUGGCUGUACGACUCCAAGCCUCUUGUGGACUCCAAGUUCGUCAAUGGACCGAGCUACCGCAAGUGGCGUCUGCCUGUGCCUAUUAUGGCAAACUUGCAUCGUCUUGCAGGGCAAUUGAUGAGCGACUUGAUCGACCCCAACUACGAGUAUCUGUUUGAUAAAAAGUCGUUCUUUACCGCCAAAGCGCUGAAUGUGGCGAUCCCCGGUGGCCCCAAGUUUGAGCCGCUGUAUCGUGAUCUGGACGAGGACGACGAGGACUGGAACGAGUUCAACGACAUCAACAAGAUCAUUAUCCGUCAUCAGAUCCGCACUGAGUACAAGGUGGCCUUCCCGUUCUUGUACAACAGUCGACCGCGAUCGGUGCACAUCCAGCCGUAUCAUACGCCUGUGUUGUGCUACAUUAAGGCUGAAGAUCCCGAUCUCCCGGCGUUCUACUUUGACCCCAUUGUGAACCCGAUCUCGCACUUCCGAGUGAAUCGAUCGGACAAGGACAAGACAAUUGACGAGGAAGAAGACGAUGAAGACGACGAAUUCCAGUUGCCCAUGGGAUUCGACCCACUGCUGACGGACGAACCGCUGUACACGCCAGAGACAGCGAACGGUAUCGCUUUGUACUGGGCUCCAAGACCGUUUAACCUGCGUACAGGUCGUACCCGACGUGCUAUCGACGUGCCGCUGGUGAACAAGUGGUUCCAGGAGCACUGUCCUCAAGGUCAGCCCGUCAAGGUGCGUGUCAGCUACCAGAAACUGCUGAAGUGCUGGGUGUUGAACUCGCUACAUCAUCGCCCUCCCAAGGCGCUGAAUAAACGCUACCUGUUCAAGUCAUUGAAGUCGACAAAGUUCUUUCAGAGCACCGAGUUGGACUGGGUCGAAGCGGGCUUGCAAGUGUGUCGUCAAGGUUACAAUAUGCUGAACCUGUUGAUUCACCGCAAGAAUUUGAACUAUCUCCACUUGGAUUACAACUUCAAUCUCAAGCCGAUCAAGACGCUGACGACCAAGGAGCGGAAAAAGUCGCGAUUCGGUAAUGCCUUCCACUUGACGCGAGAGAUUCUGCGUCUCACGAAGCUGAUUGUGGAUGCACACGUCCAAUAUCGCUUGGGCAACGUGGACGCCUUCCAGCUUGCCGAUGGCUUGCAGUAUAUUUUCGCCCACGUUGGUCAACUGACGGGUAUGUACAGAUACAAGUACCGUCUUAUGCGUCAAGUGCGCAUGUGCAAGGACUUGAAGCACUUGAUCUACUAUCGAUUCAACACUGGACCGGUGGGUAAGGGCCCUGGAUGUGGCUUCUGGGCUCCUGGCUGGCGCGUGUGGCUAUUCUUCUUGCGAGGUAUUGUGCCGCUGCUUGAGCGAUGGCUCGGAAACUUGUUGGCGCGUCAAUUUGAAGGUCGUCACUCCAAGGGCAUCGCGAAGACGGUCACGAAGCAGCGAGUGGAGAGUCACUUCGAUCUCGAGCUGCGUGCAGCCGUGAUGCACGACAUCUUGGAUAUGAUGCCCGAAGGUGUGAAGGUGAACAAGUCCCGGACAGUCAUGUCACAUCUCAGUGAAGCUUGGCGUUGUUGGAAGGCGAACAUCCCAUGGAAGGUGCCGGGCUUACCUGCUCCCAUUGAGAACAUGAUUCUUCGGUAUGUGAAGUCCAAGGCAGAUUGGUGGACCAAUGUGGCGCACUACAAUCGUGAGCGUAUCAAACGCGGUGCUACUGUCGACAAGACGGUCUGUAAGAAGAACCUGGGUCGUCUGACGCGACUGUGGCUGAAGGCGGAACAAGAGCGUCAGCACAACUACCUCAAGGAUGGUCCCUAUGUGUCGGCGGAGGAAGCUGUCGCAGUGUACACGACCACUGUCCAUUGGCUGGAAAGCCGCAAGUUUGCUCCCAUUCCGUUCCCGCCGUUGUCGUACAAGCAUGACACCAAGCUUCUCAUUCUCGCACUGGAACGACUGAAGGAGAUGUAUACUGUGAACAACAGGUUGAACCAGACUCAGCGUGAAGAACUUGGUCUGAUUGAACAAGCGUACGACAAUCCUCACGAGGCCUUGUCGCGUAUCAAGCGUCACAUGCUGACGCAGCGUGCGUUCAAGGAAUUGCAAAUCGAGUUCAUGGAUCUGUACAGCUACUUGGUCCCUGUGUACCACAUUGAACCGCUGGAGAAGAUCACAGACGCAUAUCUGGACCAGUAUUUGUGGUAUGAAGCUGAUAAACGCCACUUGUUCCCGUGCUGGAUCAAGCCGAGCGACUCGGAACCACCGCCGCUGCUUGUGUACAAGUGGUGCCAGGGUGUGAACAACCUGCACAAGGUCUGGGACACGUCUGAAGAGGAAUGUGUGGUGAUGCUGGAGUCCAAGCUCGAGAAGGUGUACGAGAAGAUCGACCUGACGUUGCUAAACCGACUGUUGCGCUUGAUCUUGGACCACAACAUCGCCGACUACAUGACUGCGAAGAACAAUAUUGUGAUCGCGUACAAGGAUAUGAUGCACACGAACUCGUACGGUCUCAUUCGUGGACUGCAGUUCGGGUCUUUUAUCUUCCAGUACUACGGUCUGAUUCUGGAUCUGCUGUUGCUGGGGUUGACGCGAGCGACAGAGAUCGCCGGGCCGCCCGAGCUUCCGAACGAAUAUCUAUCGUUUAAGGACACGGCCACGGAGACUCGACACCCGAUUCGCUUAUACACGCGCUACGUUGACAAGAUCUACGUGCUGUUUCGGUUCGACGCGGAUGAUUCUCGUGACUUAAUCCAGCGAUAUUUGACGGAACAUCCGGACCCGAACAACGAGAACGUCGUGGGCUACAACAACAAGAAGUGCUGGCCUCGUGAUGCUCGUAUGAGGCUGAUGAAACACGACGUGAACCUCGGGAGAGCCACGUUCUGGGAUAUGAAGAACCGCCUACCACGAUCGAUGACGACGUUCGACUGGGACAACAGCUUCGUGUCUGUGUACUCGAAAGACAACCCGAACUUGCUGUUCAACAUGUGUGGGUUCGAGGCGCGUAUUCUGCCCAAGAUUCGUGCUGUGGAUGCCGAGUUCACACACAAGGAUGGCGUGUGGAUCCUGCAAAACGAGACCACCAAGGAGCGUACUGCGCAGGCUUAUCUACGCGUCGAUGACGAGUCUCUGCACGCGUUCGAGAACCGUAUCCGACAGAUUUUGAUGUCUUCUGGUAGUACGACGUUCACAAAGGUGGCGAACAAGUGGAACUCUGCACUGAUCGGUCUGAUGACGUACUACCGCGAGUCUGUGGUUCAGACGCAGCAGCUGCUUGACCUCCUUGUGAAGUGCGAGAACAAGAUCCAGACGCGUAUCAAGAUCGGUUUGAACUCCAAGAUGCCGUCUCGAUUCCCGCCUGUAGUGUUCUACACGCCCAAGGAGCUAGGCGGUCUGGGAAUGCUGUCGAUGGGUCACGUUCUGAUCCCGCAAUCAGAUCUUCGCUACUCGAAGCAAACGGACGGUGGCGGAGUGACGCAUUUCCGUUCGGGUAUGUCCCACGAAGAAGACCAGUUGAUCCCGAACUUAUUCCGAUACUUACAGCCGUGGGAGUCUGAGUUUAUUGACUCGCAGCGUGUGUGGGCUGAAUACGCCUUGAAGCGACAGGAAGCCAACGCGCAGAACCGCCGCUUGACUCUAGAGGACCUUGAAGAUUCAUGGGAUCGUGGUAUUCCUCGUAUCAACACGUUGUUCCAGAAAGAUCGCCACACUUUGGCGUACGACAAGGGUUGGCGUGUGCGUACACACUUCAAUCGGUAUCAGGUGCCACGCCACAACCCGUUCUGGUGGACGCAUCAACGACAUGACGGCAAGUUGUGGAACCUUAACAACUACCGAACGGAUAUGAUUCAAGCUCUGGGUGGCGUUGAAGGUAUUCUGGAACACACGCUCUUCAAGGGCACGUACUUCCCCACCUGGGAAGGACUGUUCUGGGAGAAGGCUUCUGGUUUCGAAGAGAGUAUGAAGUACAAGAAGCUGACGAAUGCGCAGCGAUCCGGUCUGAACCAGAUCCCCAAUCGUCGAUUCACGCUGUGGUGGUCGCCGACGAUCAACCGCGCCAAUGUGUAUGUUGGUUUCCAAGUGCAGUUGGAUCUGACGGGUAUCUUCAUGCACGGCAAGAUCCCGACGCUCAAGAUCUCCCUCAUCCAGAUCUUCCGCGCUCACUUGUGGCAGAAGAUUCACGAGUCUCUCGUCAUGGAUUUAGUGUUUGACCAGGAGCUGGAUGCAUUGGAGAUUGAGAACGUGCAGAAGGAGACAAUCCACCCGCGUAAAUCAUACAAGAUGAACUCUUCAUGCGCGGAUGUUCUUCUUUUCGCGGCGUACAAGUGGCAGAUGGGACGCCCGACGUUACUGCACGACACAAAGGACAGCUACGAUGGCUCAACGAGCACAAAGUACUGGAUCGAUGUGCAGCUUCGCUGGGGCGACUUCGACUCGCACGACAUCGAGCGAUAUGCGCGUGCCAAGUUCCUGGAUUACACGACAGACAACAUGACGAUCUAUCCGUCACCGACAGGUGUGCUGCUUGCCGUGGACCUCGCCUAUAACUUGUACAGUGGCUACGGAAACUGGUUCCCAGGCUGCAAGCCGCUAAUGCAGCAAGCGAUGGCCAAAAUCAUGAAGGCGAACCCUGCUCUGUAUGUGCUGCGCGAGCGUAUCCGUAAGGGCCUGCAGCUCUACUCGUCCGAGCCGACAGAGCCGUAUCUAUCCAGUCAGAACUACGGCGAGCUGUUCUCCAAUCAGAUCAUUUGGUUUGUUGAUGACACGAACGUGUACCGAGUGACGAUCCACAAGACGUUCGAAGGUAACCUGACGACCAAGCCCAUCAACGGUGCCAUUUUCAUCUUCAACCCACGUACUGGCCAGUUGUUCCUCAAGAUUAUCCACACCUCAGUGUGGGCAGGACAGAAACGUUUGGGUCAACUGGCCAAGUGGAAGACUGCCGAGGAAGUAGCCGCCUUGAUUCGCUCGCUGCCUGUUGAAGAGCAGCCCAAGCAGAUCAUUGUGACACGCAAGGGAAUGCUGGAUCCACUGGAAGUGCAUCUACUGGACUUCCCGAACAUUGUCAUCAAGGGCAGCGAGCUCCAGCUGCCGUUCCAGGCGUGUUUGAAGGUCGAGAAGUUCGGCGAUUUGAUUCUCAAGGCGACGGAGCCGCAGAUGGUGCUGUUCAACAUCUACGACGACUGGCUGAACACGAUCACGUCGUACACGGCGUUCUCUCGUCUGAUCCUGAUCUUGCGUGCGCUACACGUGAGCAACGACCGCACCAAGAUCAUCUUGCGGCCAGAUGGCGAGACGACGACGCAGCCGCACCACAUCUGGCCGUCGUUGACGGAUGAGCAAUGGCUGAAGGUGGAAGUGCAGCUGAAGGACUUGAUCCUGGGCGACUAUGGCAAGAAGAACAACGUGAACGUUGCGUCUCUCACGCAGUCUGAGAUCCGUGAUAUCAUCUUGGGUAUGGAGAUUUCAGCGCCGUCACUGCAACGUCAGCAGGUCGCGGAGAUCGAACAACAAGCGCGUGAACAGAGCCAACUGACGUCCGUGACGACCAAGACGGUCAACAAACAUGGUGACGAGAUGGUAGUCACCACCACCAGUCAGUACGAACAGCACUCGUUCGCGUCCAAGACAGACUGGCGUGUGCGUGCCAUCUCAGCGACGAACCUGCACUUGCGUACCAACCACAUUUACGUGUCGUCAGAUGAUAUCAAGGAGACGGGCUUCACGUAUGUGCUGCCCAAGAACGUGCUCAACAAGUUCAUCACUGUGUCGGAUCUGCGUACACAGAUCUGCGGUCUCAUGUACGGCGUUAGUCCACCGGAUAACCCGCAGGUGAAGGAGAUCCGCUGUAUUGUGAUGCCACCACAGCUCGGUACGCAUCAGAGCGUGACGAUCCCGCUGCACAUGCCUGACCACGAGUAUCUGGAAGGUAUGGAGGCGCUUGGUUGGCUUCACACGCAGCCCAAUGAGCUGCCGAGCUUACCACCUCAAGACGUGACGUUCCACUCCAAGAUCAUGUCGGAGAACACGUCGUGGGAUGGCGAGAAGACGAUCAUUAUCACGUGCAGCUUCACGCCUGGUUCGUGCUCUUUAACGGCGUACAAACUGACGCCUGCGGGCUACGAGUGGGGGCGACAGAACAAGGAUAGUGGCGCUAAUCCAGCAGGUUUCGUCCCGACACAUUACGAGAAGGUGCAAAUGCUGCUGUCGGACAGAUUCAUGGGCUUCUACAUGGUGCCAGAGGAGGACGUGUGGAACUUUAACUUUAUGGGAGUCAAGCACAAUACCGGGAUGAAGUACGACCUGAAGCUGGGCAACCCCAAGGAAUUCUACCAUGAAAUUCACCGUAAGACGCACUUCAUGAACUUCAGCGCGCUGGAGGCGACGGAGGAAGAGACCACAGUCGACGAAGAGCAGCAGAAUGUGUUCGCAUAGUCUCUUGAAGGCGCUAGAAGGUCAACACCUUUCAUUAGUAAUAAUGCCAUUUCUUUGUCAGAA